UUCACCAUUUCAUUUCGUUUGAGACUGUUCGGUUGCGUACUGCUGUGCGCGCCGUUCUUCAAGUGUCGAUCUCGUGAGCUGAACCGAAGCCUUCUUACCCGGCUAGGUUCCAAGCUCUAGUGUUCGCGGUUGAAGGACAGUAUUGCGUGUUGAACUAGCGCUUGUUUUGGUGACCCUAAAGCUUAACAGGUGGACAAGUCACUAUGAGGGGGAAAAUCUUGGGCUUGGCGCGGCUAGCAAUUUUACUUCUUCAAUCAUCGUUAGUAUUAAGUCGUAGCGCGUUUGAAAAACUGACUGAUGUAGAUUUUGCUGGCACCGCUUACUAUACCGUCCGCAAUCUAUCGCUGUACGAAUGUCAGGGUUGGUGUAGGGAGGAGCCCGAUUGCCAAGCAGCCGCUUUCAGUUUCGUAUUAAAUCCGCUUACCCCGGUGCAGGAAACGCGUUGCUUGUUGCAGAAUGAUACCCAAGCAAAUAAUCCCAUGGCAACUCCUCAGCGUUCUGUAAACACCUAUUAUAUGGUUAAAAUUCAAGUGAGGUCAGAGAAUGUGUGUAUGAGGCCCUGGGCGUUUGAACGUGUACCCGGCAAGGCUCUAAGAGGCCUCGACAACAGUAUUAUCUACACCACCACCAAGGAGGCUUGUCUUGCUGCUUGCCUUAAUGAGAAAAAGUUUCCGUGCCGUUCAGCGGAGUACGAGUAUGGCAGUAUGAGAUGUUCUUUGAGUGAUUCAGAUCGUCGCACCGGACAGCAUUUUGUACAACUAGUCGACACACCCGGCACUGAUUAUUUCGAGAAUCUAUGCCUGAAGGCGUCCCAGGCGUGCAAAGGAGCGAGGGUAUUCACGGCACCACGCGUGGGCGUUGCUGAAGACAAAGUGGCACAAUAUGCUGGCUUGCAUUAUUAUACUGAUAAGGAGCUACAGGUAACGUCGGAGUCAGGAUGUCGACGUGCUUGUGAGAUAGAAUCAGAGUUCCUGUGCCGUUCCUUUUUGUACCUCGGAGCGCCGCAUUCGUCCAUCUACAACUGCAGGCUGUACCACCUCGAUCACCACACGUUGCCUGAUGGGCCUUCAGCUUACCUGAACGCUGAACGUCCGCUCAUCGACGACGGCGAACCGAUCGGCAAAUACUUCGAGAACUUCUGUGAAAAACCACCAGCCAAUCCCAGUGGAGAGCUGCCUGUUACUAUAGACCAUCAACAGGAUGUCAACAUGUCCAGCAACUUAACAAGAAACGAUGCGAACUGUGACAAGACCGGAACUUGCUAUGACGUAUCCGUCCACUGCAAAGAUACCAGGAUCGCGGUACAAGUCCGUACGAACAAGCCUUUCAAUGGAAGAAUCUAUGCACUAGGCCGCUCGGAGACAUGUAACAUAGACGUAGUUAAUAGCGACCUAUUCAGACUUGAUCUUACAAUGGCCGGUCAGGAUUGUAAUACCCAGAGCGUCACUGGCGUUUAUUCAAACACUGUUGUAUUGCAACAUCACAGCGUUGUUAUGACGAAAGCGGACAAAAUCUACAAAGUGAAGUGCACAUACGACAUGAGUUCGAAGAACAUUACAUUUGGAAUGGUGCCCAUCAGGGAUCCGGAGAUGAUCUCCAUCACUGCAGCACCUGAGGCACCUCCACCGCGCAUUCGCAUUCUUGAUAGCCGACAACGCGAGGUUGAAACUGUCCGUAUUGGAGACAGACUCACCUUCCGUAUCGAAAUUCCCGAAGAUACUCCAUACGGCAUUUUUGCACGCAGUUGUGUCGCUAUGGCUAAGGAUUCUAAGAGCACGUUCCAGAUCAUCGACGAUGAUGGAUGUCCGGUUGAUCCAUCAAUAUUCCCAGCAUUCAAUCCCGACGGUAACGCAUUGCAGUCCGUGUAUGAAGCCUUCAGAUUCACCGAAUCUUACGGUGUUAUAUUCCAGUGCAAUGUGAAAUACUGUCUGGGACCAUGUGAACCUGCGGUUUGUGAAUGGGGCAGAGAAUCAAUAGAGUCAUGGGGCAGAAAGAGACGUUCUUUACCUAACAACGAAACCAGUGAAACUCAUUCUCAAGAGGAAGACAUGAAUAUUUCUCAAGAAAUAUUGGUUCUUGACUUUGGUGAUGAAAGACAGAGUACUGACUUCCUCCGAUCCGAUAAACCUGGUGGCUCAGCAUCUGAGACCAACUUUGGAGAAAAAACAGUAACCAUUGUGGAGCCAUGUCCUAGCAAGUCAUCCGUGCUGCUGCUAGGAGUUGCCUGUGCCUUACUGGUACUUUUGUACAUCGCGACCAUCUUCUGUUACUACAUGCGUAAAUGGCUGGCGCCACCUAAGCAUUUGUCGUAAUUCGUCCUAGAACUGUAGGACUAACAUUACUAUGCCGUCCAUAUUGAGGUUCGCCUGUUUAUCAAACUUGUGAUACGAAUGACUGAUUUCAAAUUCCAUACACUUCACGUCAUUAUAUCCGUCCAUUUAGAUAUAGAACGAUUCGUGGUGACAGAAUGUUCUUCAAGAAAUGUAACCACCGCGUCUUUCGAUUUACGUAAUCGUAAUUAAUUGCGUUUAGAAGCAUUUAUUAAAUGUAAGUAGGUAUACGAAUAGGUGAAAUAUGUGGCUUAUUAUUGAUUAUAAUAAUUACGAUGCCGUAUAACUUGUAGCUGUUAUAAGUACUAAUUAAAAGAAUAUAGUUUUAAGGAUUUUCAAUAUUAAAUUCAGAAUAUGCAUUUAUUACUAAUAGUACUUUUAAGGAAUAAAAUAUUAUAUUCUAUACUUUUUGGAAUAGUCCCUGAAAAUUGAAAAUGUGCAUUGGUGAUUCAAUGGGAUUAUUCUGAAUAAAUAUUUCAACUGGUAUUUGAUUGGCGAGUACAAUUAACGUUAAAAUACUAACAUUCAAAUUUCUAGAAGAAAAUCUUGUAAAUAUACUGUUAUUUGUCAGAGGCACUAACAGUUUUAUUUGUCUCAUCGCUUUUGAACUUUCAGUUGGGUUCCGUAGAAAUAUUAUAAUUGGUCAUGAGACGUUGAACUGGUGUGAAACUGUUUCUCCUAACCCAACUUGAGAUUUCUACUUUAUUUAUUUAGAAAUACUAUAACAUCUAUUUAUUUUUUAUACUGUAUUAAUACAAGAAAUAAAUUUUGUACAAAUUAAAA